UCAAUCCUGUCUUCAAGAAGCACAGUUGUAAUGAAGUCCGUCCAUCUUUUCUCCUAACAAACAAUGAAACUAAAGUCAAUCAUUGUUGUGAUGGUUUAUGUCUUUCAAGGUUGCAUUGUUGAUGGGCUGACUGUCUGCAAAAGGUCUUCAACUUCAGAAUGGAAACAGCAGCCAACAGUACAUAUAGUGAAGUGGUCCCUGACCCAAAACAUCUGUUCCAACUUCUACACAGAUUGCUGGAAUAUUGAUGUGAAUGCUGUAGAACAUUCAGCUUUGAGUCAUCCUCAGCUUUGUCCUCUACAGCUUCAGGUGGGAGACGCACUAUUUGUUUCCUCUGAGCCCUCUUUUCAGUCGCAUGGCAUGAACUUGGCAAAUGUUUCCUUGGAGGAAUUCAUCAGGUGUCCUCAACAAACUGAUAUCCCUCAGCUGCAGAUGAUUUUUGGUUGCAGGUUAAGUGGGAUGCACCAGAUCGACCCGCAAUGGCUUGGAGUUGGAACACAUUAUUUCACUGAAGUCCCAAGCCGAGGACCACUUCUAUGCAAUUUAGGGCUGAGGCUGAAUGUGACAGUGAAACCACAUCUUUGCCAGCAGUCUCGAAGUGCACCCUUUUGCUCUGGGCGGGGCAAAUGUCUAAGUCACAUCUGGGAGGAAGCUUACAAUUGCCACUGUAACCAGCUGUAUUCGGGACAAUUCUGCCAAGAAUUUGAUGUGUGCUCCAGUAAGCCCUGCUACAACAAUGCUUCCUGCGUUAGAAAGGGAGUGAAAGGAGAACUUGACACAGAGUCCUAUGAAUGUAUAUGCCCCCCAUUGUUUGCAGGAAAGAACUGUUCAGAAAUCAUUGGCGAGUGCCACCCACAGAGUUGCUACAGUGGCAGUUGCCACAGGGUUUCUUCGAAUACUUACAGAUGCCAGUGCAAUAAAUAUGCUGCAGGUGCAGCGAGUUACCAAGCGGUCUCACCUGUGUGGCUGCACCCUGCCUCUCCAGAACAAGCUGAAGAGGGCCCCAGUCCUGUGAAGACCUGCUGGUCACAGGGCCUGGCUCCUGCACGCACUCCUGACAAAUAG